AUCAAAUGGAAAUUAAAAGUUGUGACUCUCAGCAAUCAAAGUUGUUAAUAAAAGCUUUAAUUUAAACCAGAAUGGCAAGAAAAAAUAGUAUGUCAAUGUUUUACAUCUGUCUGAUUUGGUUCGCCAUAAUAAUUUUUUUAAACUAUUAUUAUGAUUUGAUGUUUAAAAGUUACUAACCAAAUGAGUAUUAAGUUAAUCGAGCAGACCUUUUAAAAGAUCAGAUGUUCUGCCAUGCCAUGCUGAGGUUAAUAGUUUGACGUGUUUUCCUGUUUCUCAUCUGUCGCACUUUCUUACAUUAAAGCUUUCUGGUUUGGUUACUCACCUUCCUGUAUGAGCAGAUACACAGACUGAGUGAGACAGAAGGUGGAUGAAAUCAAAGCUGACAUGAAGCAGAGCUGGAAAAAUUCAUCUUUUCAUCCAUUUGUAAGUCUAUGAGUUCUAAUUUGAUUGUUACCUGUCAUUUACGAGCUGAAACGGAACAUCUUCGCAGCAUGAUACUGUCAACACUGUUUCUGGAUUUGGUCUUUAUACAAUUUAUAGCCUCCCAAAGUAUACGUACUAACUUGACAGAUGGAAAGUGUACAGCAGGAUUUUACAAAAGUGGUCAGGAAUGCAUUAGUUGUGAGAGUGGAUACUACAUGGACAGCACAAACAUGCAUGACAAAUGUUUACCAUGCAUAACUUGUGAUGAGCCAGCUCAUGAAGUGGAAGAGAAAAAAUGCACAUCAACGCAGAACAGGGUCUGCGUCUGUAAAUCGGAGUUUAUCAGAGUUGAUCGUUUCUGUAAACCUAACCCAAACUUCACCGUAUCUUUGAACCCGCAAACAACUAUUGGAACCUCACCAGUAGUUUGUGGAAGUGGCUUUUUUCGGGAUGGUAGAGAAUGCAAAAGCUGUUUUAAGGUCAAAUGCAAAAACGAGUCCUGUAAAUCGUUUUGCUCCUCCAUUAAUAAAGAAGGUUUAUCUGACACUCUGUUGCUGGUGUUUUUGAUGAUUGUGGCUUUUUUGGGUAGUCUCUUUCUCAUCUGGUUCGGUAGACGCUUUUGCAGGAAAACCAAAAAUUGUCCAAACUCUCAAAAUCGAUCAGAUCAACCCAAUGAUGUAAUCAACAUUCACAUACCAAUGGGAAGAAAUGUCUCAGCCCGUUAUGAAACCACUAUCAAAAGCUUACCCGGGACCAGCUACCCACACAACAUCACGAGUGGAGAUAUACAGAGCAUCAUGACCCCCCUGAUAGCACAAGGAAACCCAAAAUUGAUGCAGGUUUUGCAGAAGGAGUCGUGGCCGGCACCUGUACUCUACACUGUCAUUAGAGAGAUUCCCGUGUUGCGCUGGAAAGAGUUUCUGCGGCUGCUUUCUGUGUCGGAUGAUCAGAUGGAGCGGAUCGAACUGGAGGCAGGCCCGUCCUAUCUGGAAAAGCAGUACCUGAUGCUACGUCUGUGGAGUCAGAGCAGCGGAGCCAAAAUGGAGAACAUCUAUUCGACAUUACACUACAUGAACCUGUCAGGCUGCGCACAAGAACUGCAAGAAAAGCUGGAGCAACUGCAAGUGUAAAAGCUGCCUCAUCUUGACUCCAUCUUUAGGAGUGUAAGAUGCAGCACAGAUGGAUAUCACAACCUUCUGUAUGUUUAGCAGGAAACGCGUUGUUUUUCCACUGAUAGUUACAACCAAAAGCUGCACAAUGUGGCAUCACUAUUUUUGUUUUGGUAGCUACACACUGCACACCUAAAAUAAUGCACUAGCGUAGUUUAAGAUAAGUUUUCAUAUUUUUUUGAUGUGUUGUUUACUAAAUAUUUCAGUAAAAACCAUCUUUAUUUUAAACCA